AUAGGUGUGCUGGUCGUGAAUGUGACGUGGAGGAAGAGAACCUACGUGGGAACUCUGUUGGACUGCACCAAACACGACUGGGCUCCUCCAAGGUUUUGCGAGUCUCCAUCCAGUGACCCUGAGCUGCCAGGUGGGCGUGGUCGGGGGAAACGGAUGCGAAUGGCCAUGGCCGAGAGGCCCUGCAUUGAGCCAUCCCCUGCUGCCAAAGUCAGGGGUCUGUCACAGCACAGAAGCCGUGGAGGUGGUGUGUCUGGAACCACUGUACCCAUCCACAGCAAAGGACGGAGAGGAAGCCUAAACCUCAUCAACAGCAACUGCCGAACGCCUGCUUCUUUCUUCACUGUGGAUGAGGUAAAACCCACCAACAGCACCUCCUGUCUCUCCUCCGGGAAGCGCAAGAAUAAACCACCGGCUGACCUAGACCUCAGUCUGGUCUCCUCUGACGACAUCAAAAAUGGGAAUGGAAAGAGAAUCCGAGCCAAAUGCCGCAGCGCCCCCUCCACGCCGCAGGGCAAAUCUGACCCCUCUUUCAUGGACCCUGGAGGGGGUUGUGCCUCUUCACCACCUCCCCCGCCUAUUCUCAUUGACUGCCCGCACCCGAACUGCACUAAACGCUACAAGCACAUCAACGGCCUUCGCUACCACCAGACACAUGCACACCUUGAGGCUGAGGAGCAGAGGAAGCCUCAGCUGGAGCCAAUGAAGGAUGGAGAGAGUGAGGAACGACUAUCAGACUGUGAGGACACAAUCAACAUGACAUAUGACCUCUCAGAGACAACCAGCACUAAUGCCAUCAGCUCCUCUAAGAAACCUGCCCCUCUAUAUAAAGUGACCACAGUGGGGUCUCCUAAGAACAGAAGACUACUCCUCAGUACUGACCACAGCCCCUCAGCCAACCCCAAGACCAGAAGAACCUCUCUGCUAAAAGAUGGUCUGAUUGAUGACCUUAGCAAUCUGCCUAUCAUCUCCAACAUGACCGUGGUUUUGGAGAACUGCAUGGUCCCAGACAGGAACUCCAUGGUCGAGAUGCCCAAGCUGGAAGCUGAAGGCUUGAUUGACAAAAAGGGAGGUACAUGCGACAAAGGCAAAAAGGCCAACGGCAAGGUAGAGAAACUGUCCAAGUCACGGACCAACCGACCUAUCGCACCGGCCCCUGCUCCUCCCAAGCUGGUAGCAAUACCCAAUACAGCUUAUCCGACCAGCACAGCAGAUACUGCCAACUCACAGCAGUCCUCACCUAUGGCAGCCAUAGGCCUCACCAGUAAAAACCUUCCCCUGAAACCCAUCAAACCAAAGCUGAGCAUUGUUGUGGAACCGAGCCUUGUCAAAGCAACUCUGGUUACCUGCAGCAAAGAGACCAGGAAGAAAGAGAAACGGAGACUGAAGGACAAACAUAACAAAGAUGCGCACACCAGGACACCUAAUGCUGACAGCAGUGCAAUCAAAAUAGAAGAUGGUGUUACUGGAGGUUCCAAAAUGGGUGUCAAGGAAAUUUCUGGAAGCCUUCUAAAGGAGCACCUCAGUAAGCAGGAUGUAAUCAACGGGCUCACAGAGAGCCAGGAGAGCAGGAUGGCCAGUAUCCGAGCUGAGGCUGACAAGGUAUACACCUUCACUGACAACGCCCCCAGUCCGUCCAUUGGUGGUUCAUCACGGAUUGACUCCAGUGGUGUUUGCCUUGCAACAGACAGCAAGAACAACAGCCCAGCCUACUCUGACAUCUCAGAUGCCGGGGAUGAUGGAGGAUCUUCCGAAUGUCGUUCGGAUGGAAUGCGGUCCAAGUCUGCCUCCUCGGCCUCUUCAGAGGUGAGCUCUAACAGUAGCCAUGGCAACUCUGGUAAAACCCCACCCACAGCAUCUGCCCCACCAUCAAAAGACCCCCAAUCCCCGUACUACCACAGCUACGACCCAUACUAUCUACAGGGGUACAUGCAGUCUGACAGGCAAAAUAGCAGCACCGUUCCUUUCCACAAAAGCGCUGGACUUGACGGCAAAGGCAAAGACAGAAAGGAAGAGGUGAAAGAUGACGACAAAUGCCUCUCCCACGAGUUCUCAGACUCAAAAAAAGGUGACGGGCCACCUCAGUCUCAGCUCCAGCUGGCUAUGAGUCAGACACAAACUGCAUUGGCCCAGUCGUUAUACUAUGGCCAGUAUUCCAGAGGACUGUACAUGGACCAGAAAAUGUUGCUGGCAUCAAAGUGCUGUGACCAGACGCACAGUGCCAAGCAGAGGGGCGAGAGAGGGCAGGGGUUGAGAGACAGUGAGGAUGAAAAAUAUUUGGUUGGGGGUUUAGCUGGUGGACCCAUGGUAAGCAAAGGUCCAGAUGGCCUUAAAGGUUGCUGUCCCAAACCUGUCCUGUCCUACGUGGAGAUGAGUGAGAGGGGAGAAAGGGGACAGAGUCACGGCGUGAAGGUAGUGCACGGUGGCAUGGUGGACCAGCACCAGGUCUUGAUGAAAGACUGUGAUGACAUCAAGUCACAUUCCUCUUCCUCUUCUUCAUCAGUCCACAACCCAAACAGUCAGACAGAUCUGGACUCAAAUGUUUCCUAUUCCAGUCCCUCAGACAGCCAGGCCUGGGCUCAUUGCCUUGCUCAUAGCAAAUACUCAGAGCUACAACAUGCGGAGGAGGCCGAGGAAGGUGAAGCAGACAGGGCAAAAGAGUGGGGCUCUUCUGUGGAGCCUGCUGGUGCCAAGAUGACCUCAGGAGAAAGAGGUGUUGGCGUAGAUGCUAAGAAAGCCAGGGUCCAUGAUCUCCCGCCCGCCAUCGACGUGGAGGAUUCAGACAGGCUGGAUGGGCUAGAUGAUCAAGGCCAGGAACCAAUAGGAGGGCUGGCAGAGGAGUCCCCGAGUGUUCGAUUGGCGGUGUCCCCUCCCAUGGCCCCCCAGCAGCCCUACAUCCAGUACCAACACUCCUCCUACCCGCCCUACCUGGCAAUGUGUGAGAGCGCAGGGGGCUCCUACAGAGGGGUUUCCCCAACACUGGUCCACAAUUACCCAG